UUGCACCAGUUCAACGGGCCACUUGUACCAGUUCUUUCGCGUCUAUUUGGUACGCAAACAGUAAAAGCAAAAAAAAAAACAAUUUUUACUAUUUUUCUACGUUUUAUAAAUGAAUACAAAACAAUAAAAAAUGCUUUAAAGCAUAGUAUCAAAUAAAUUGAUAGCGAAACUUGUGCUUGGUGGGCAUUUGCCUGGCCCGCGAAAUAUCCAAUCAGAAAACUGAAAGGCCAGCAAAGGCAGCACAAAAUGGAAAGGCACUGAAAGCUCCAACAACAAGAAGAGCAGCAGCAGCAGCAGAAACCACAACCAGGCCAGCCAGCAUGUCGUGGCAUUUGUGAGCAGCGCGCCAAAAACUUGUCACGAAGUUUCUUGUUGUAUUGACGUACACUCCCGCGCUUAGAGCUCCCUCCAUUCACACACACACACUCACACUCUCUCAUACACCCGCCCAGUCCAGUUGUCAGUCGUCCAGUCCAGUCCUUAGUGCUUUGGCAGCCGAUGAUGCAUAUCAAGAGCCUGCCACACGCACAUCAGGCCGCUGCGGCAAUGAGCAAUUGUGACAUUGUCAUUGUUGCCGCACAACCGCAAACAACCAGCGCCAACAAUAACAACAAUGAUACGGUCACACAGGCAAGCCAUGCCAGCCAUGUGGCAGCUGUGGCGCACGCACAGCAUCAGCAGCAGCAACAACAACAACAGCAACAGCAGCAACAACAACAGCAGCAGCAGCAACAACAGCAGCAGCAGCAACACAAUCAACAGCAACAACAACAGCCGCCCGCGCCCACAGAAAUCGCCCUACCCUUUAACAUGCAUUUGAGUGGAAUUUCACCGGAGGCACACAGUGCUGCCCAAGCGGCAGCAAUGGCAGCUGCGCAGGCCGCGGCAGCGCAAGCAGCCGCUGCGGAUCAACAGCAGCCUUCGUCAGCUCCAGCACAGCUGGCGCAUCUGGUGGCCAAUGCAACGCAUAGUCCGGUUGAAUCGCAUUACGUGAGCAAUGGACACUCUGGUGGUGGUAAUAAUGAUCAUUCGGGUGAGGGCAACGGAUCGAGCAGCAGCGGCGGAGGGCGGGAGUCGGAGAAACCGUUCCAUUGCACUGUGUGCGAUAGACGCUUCCGUCAGUUGAGCACACUGACCAACCAUGUGAAGAUCCAUACCGGAGAGAAGCCCUACAAAUGCAACGUUUGUGAUAAGACGUUCCGUCAAUCGUCCACACUGACGAAUCAUCUGAAAAUUCAUACUGGCGAAAAGCCAUACAAUUGCAACUAUUGCCCCAAGCAUUUCCGUCAGCUGAGCACUUUGGCCAAUCAUGUGAAGAUUCAUACGGGUGAAAAGCCGUUCGAGUGCGUCAUAUGCAAGAAACAAUUCCGGCAAUCCAGCACGCUCAACAAUCACAUAAAGAUCCAUGUCAUGGACAAGGUCUACGUUCCUGUCAAGAUCAAAACCGAGGAGGACGAGGGGUGACUAGGACGCAUGGCGUUGGCGCAGCAUCAUCAUCUCCAGCAACAGCAACAUCAUCAACAGUCGUCAACGCCAUCUCAGCAACAACAGCAACAACAACAGCAACAGCAGCAGCAACAACAGCACCACAUCGAACAUCAACGGGGAGUUACAAUUACAACGCUGCCAUCCACAACGACAGUGGCACAACAUCAGCAACAGCAGCAGCAGCAACAAUCGCAUCUGCAGCCUACGCAUGGCAAUGGCACCUCGCCGCAUCAUCAUCCGCAUUUCAAUGUGGCCGCUUUGGGUGAUUUGUCCAGUGCAAUGCAAUUGGGCGCUGUAACAGCCGAUGGUAAUUUUGUGACCAUGGGCGGUGUUGUCGUUGGACGCAUACAACAUCCGAGAAGUGAGCAACUGCAGCAGCUGGGCGUCAUCAAAAUGGAGUCGCCAACGAAUGGCAUUGCAGCCGCUGCUCAACGCGAUGGAUGAGUCGAUGGGUUGCUUCUUGAGUAUAUACUCAAGGAGGCCAACAAUGCUGAUCCUGAUGAUCAUUUUCAUGAGCAUAAUGUCGCGUAUGUGGCGCUGGAGCAGCAGCAGCAACAACAACAACAGCAGCAGCAGCAACAACAGUUUCAUCGACGUCGACGACGACAAUUUAAUAAGAAUUAAAUUGUAUUGUUGGUCAGUUUGUUGUUGUUCCUAAUGUUGUUGUUGUUGUCGUUGGUGUAUACGCUUACGUUGUUGUUAGUUGUUUAAUUGUAGCGAAAACAUUGUUGUUGUUGUUGUUAAGGUUUAAAUGUGACUAAGAACUUACCAAGACGAAUUAUCAGGUCUGUAACCGUGGUCACACUUUAGCUCGAUCCGUAAGAAAAGCAAAUCAUAUGAAAAUUUAACUGAUAUUGAAAUCAUUUCAUUAUCAGGUCAAUCUUUUAUGUUUAGUAAUAUCUUAUGAAGAGGAAAGCAAAGUUAAAGGCCGAUCAGACCUGAAUGUAUAGCAAAACGCUUCAAUAGUAGCUAAAAGAUACAAAAAAUUAUUAAGAGUAAAUAACGGUCGCCAACAGCACCUAGCGCUUAAAUGGCCUCUUAAAAGAGAAUGAUCAGACAUAUAACACAACCACUCAACACAUCUAGAGAGUCGUCAAUAUCCACAACUACAAUAACAAUAACAAUUCCUUACGAGGCAAUAGAUUUACAACAAGCUCCUACCAUUAAACAACACCCCCCCCCCCUGUACCCCUCUUACUAGCUCCUUCUUGAUAUUCUAAGCGCAUAACUCCCAAGUAACUAAAUCAUUUAUAAGGCAAAAAGUCAUUGCGUUUAAGUUGAAAGUUUCUAAAAAAAGAAAGUGCAAAAAGAUGAGAGAGAAGUGUUUAAAAUAAUUUGUUAUAAACUUAAUUUUCAAUUUCAAAUUGUUCUUUAGCAUUUAAAGUUUAAGCGAAAUUGUUGUACAAUUGUUUAGAGCGAGAAUUCUGUUGCAUUCUGAGCUGAGACACUUGACAUAGUCAACGUUGCCCCUUAUGUUUUAUAACAAUAUCAUAAUAACAACAAUUAGAAGGUAAACUAAUUAGAAGUGAAGAGGAAGAUUUUAAACCAAUUUGAUAAUAAUUGUAAAUCAUUGUAAAUGCAGCCAUUUUAGUGAGACACACUAUUCGAUUCGAUUGUAUAUCCCAUGGUUCACAUUUUACACAAAUGUAAUUUGUUUUUAAAAAGUAGCCUAAUUAUUUAAAUUUUGUUCUAAGCUGUUCCACCUACCUUCCCUCCUAUCUUCCACACACCCACAAACACUACUAAACAAAUUUUUAAUUAUUACCUUAAGUGGCAGCAGAAGAAACCUAAUUACGUAGUCUACAGUUACAGAUACAGAUAUAGAGCAUACUAUAGAAAUUAGUUGAGCCUUAGUUUGUAAAUUUUUUGGCGGGCACACCCGUGUGAGUUUUGUUAAUUUUAAUAAUUAAUUAUAAUUUUAGUCGUUAUAGUUUUAUUUUACAAAUUGGCACAAUUUGAAAAAGAAGCAAUUACUAAAAAAAUGAUGAUUAUAGCCUUCAUUAUUUUAAUCUUAAUAUUACUUAGUUACUGGAGUACACACAAACUACGAGUUAAACUAAUGCUAAUAUUAAUCUAAUAAUAUUGUGCGAUAGAAAGCAUCAUGCUCUGUACAAAGCCCAACUCCAAUUUUGUAUGUAUAAAGUGACAGACGGAGAAAAAACA